GGUUGCGCCGCGACCAGGAGGAGCCGGUCGCGCCGGGCGGCGAGUCCGCGGCCGGCGGGGGACGAUUGAGAAGAUCUGAUCACCCGGAAUUAAAGUUGGCUCAGAAACCUUUUCAACUGCAAAAAUGUUGGAGGAAGAUAUGGAAGUGGCCAUCAAGAUGGUGGUUGUAGGGAAUGGAGCAGUUGGAAAAUCAAGUAUGAUUCAGCGAUAUUGCAAAGGCAUUUUUACAAAAGACUACAAGAAAACCAUUGGAGUUGAUUUUUUGGAGCGACAAAUCCAAGUCAAUGAUGAAGAUGUCAGAUUAAUGUUGUGGGAUACAGCAGGUCAAGAGGAAUUUGAUGCAAUAACAAAAGCCUACUAUCGAGGAGCCCAGGCUUGUGUGCUUGUAUUUUCUACCACAGACAGGGAAUCUUUUGAAGCAAUUUCCAGUUGGAGAGAGAAAGUAGUAGCUGAAGUUGGAGAUAUACCAACUGUGCUUGUGCAAAACAAGAUUGACCUCUUGGAGGAUUCUUGUAUAAAGAAUGAGGAAGCUGAGGCACUGGCAAAAAAGUUAAAGCUAAGAUUCUACAGAACAUCAGUGAAAGAAGAUCUAAAUGUGACUGAAGUUUUUAAAUAUUUGGCUGAAAAAUACCUUCAAAAACUCAAACAGCAAACAGCUGAGGAUCCAGAAUUAAUGCAUUCAAGUAGUAACAAAAUUGCAGACUUUGCACCUAAUGGCUCUGUGAAAGUUGACAGACUUAAAUAUUGUUCUGCAGUGCUUUUCAGAUGGAGCGAGAUCUUUGGUGGAAAAAUUACUGCCUUGUGGACUCAUUUUAAUUCUUUUACAUCAGACGAAGCUUCUCCUGUUUUUGAAGGAAUGCUAUAAGAAAUGUCCCAAACAGGUUUUGCUGAAUUUUAAGUUCUGGAAAACAUAAGUGGAAUGCCUGAAUGUAUUGGUACAGAUUUUAAUAUUUGUCCAGGAACGAUAGCAAGCAUUGUAUUUCCGAAAUUUGUUAUACAGCUUUUCUGGAAAGGAGUAUUGAAGUCAAAUACAUACAAAAAAAUAAUAUUGAAAGGUAAACCCUAAGUCUUGCCAGACUGCAUGAGUUUGUAUUUUGGCAAUGUUACUUGUGCAAUAUCUGUAUGGUGUGGAAUGUGGAGGUCUGCAUGCAGAUAUCUGGUACUGAAGUAUACUGAAGGGAUGGAUAUUCAGUAUUUAAGGAAACCUAGAAUCUAAUUCGUUAAUUCAUACAAUCAUUUACACAUUGUGUGUAUGUUGAAAGCUUUUAUUUUCAAAUAAGAAAUUCCAGACAUAUAUUUUGCAAAAUGAGCUCAGAUUUUAAAAGUGCUUUGUGCCAAAAAUAUCAUACCUAAUUUUUACAGUGCUUUACUAUCAGAAUUUAUAUUGUUUAUAUCUUUAAAAAGCAGUUUUCCUCUCUGACAGGGUAGAUAAAAGAGGAGUAUAAAUGUUUGAAUGCUUAGAGUAUCUCCCAGGUGAGACAUGUUGCAAACUUUUUCCUGUGUGCACCCAUGAGCAGCGGGGAGCUUGUGCUGGCCGCGCCCUUCUGAAGGUCAAGUGCCCACUCUAUCAUUCCCGGGGCCUGUGAAGUGUGCUGGUGCAUCUGGCACCUUUUGCUGCUGACUGAAAAUGCAGUUUGGAACUUACAAGAUUAUGCUAACAAUUUUUUUUAAAUGAAGAAGGGAAGUUCUUUUGUCUUAAUCUGCAUUACGGAUUUUAUAAUGCCCUGCAACUCUAAAGCAUCUUUUCAUUUACACAUUUUUGUAUGGUAUUUUAAGAUUAUCACUUAAAAAUUUCUAUAAACUUCAGUUUGUAUAGCCCCUUAUCAAGAGUUCUGUCACUACCGAAUGCAAAAUAAUUUCUUUUAAGAACUGAUUUUCAUAUGUCAUCAUGCGGCAGAGCAUACAUUUUUUGACUUGGGACAGUAGCUUUCCAACUAAGAUAAUUGCAUGAACUCUGCUAGUAAGUGAUUAUCAUUCAUCAGUGACUUUGUUUUUAACCCCUUGUGAUAUAUCUGGUUUUUACAGGAUUUCAAGACAUGUAAAAAUAACUUUUCUUAGAAAAUGUGUCAUGAAAGUCGUUUUUCAUUAUUUGUACUAAAUGCAUAAUGUUGUAUGUAUUUCCUCUGUCUGUUUUCUCUGUCUCUCUCUUUUUAAGUCUUCCAUCUGUACCAUCCGCAUCCCUCUGUCCAGGUUAAUGUUGAGAAGAUAAUAGAAUUUCCUGGUGCGUGUCCUUGCUAAAUGGUCAAGAAUGAAUAUUUGCUCUUCAUAAUAUUGAAAUAAUCUGGCAUUAUCUACUUUAAAGUAAUAUAAAAUGUUAAUUUUUAUGUCAUCGUUGUCUCCACUCCCAUUGCUGGCAGUGGGAUAGGUGUUGGGGGGAUAUAACUCCAUUCCUAACAAUGGGUACCUGUUAAUGAUUCCUCUUCCUGUUCUACUCUGUUCAAAUACAGUUUCUUUAAUUUUUGCACAAAACAUUUUUCGUGGUAAAUCAUUUUGGGGUCUUUAGUAGCCCCCCCAAGAAAAUAAUGUAAUAUGUUGUAGUUCUGUUUCAUAUUAAUUAAAUGUGUGUGGAGAAAAGAUUGUUACUUUUCUAUAUGAAAAAGAUAAUCACUGUUGAUGGUAGAAGUAUCCUGAUAUUUGUAAUAUAAUUGUAUGUGUUUAGUUUUGUCCUUUUUUCUUUUUAUAGGAACUGAAGAGAGAUCUUUUUUUACACAUUUGAAUUUUUAUUUGCACUUGUAUAUUUUAAACCUAACCAUAAUUGGUCAUUUUACAUAACUAAGUAGGUCUGAAAAUCAGUCACAAGUGAUAUGUUAAAUAUUUUCUCAAUUUAAUUCUAAAACCUCCAACAUUCAGAUUAAAUUGCCUCCCCAGACCCUUAAUUCUUUUAAAUGACCUUACUGUUGUUAGUUUGUAAUAAAUAAUGGAUACUAAAGAAAACACUGUGGAAGACGAUGGGAUGUUGUUUGUGCUCUCAUGUACUUUUAUACAAGCUGUCUGGUUUUUAGUAUACAGACAGAGAGCUGUGGAAUAACUUCGAAUUGCAGAGUUCCUCAGCCCUCCUUUCCUCUCUCAGUCGGCCCAGUGAAUUACAUAGCUUAUAGAGUAGCCCAGAUAAGGCAAUAUAUGGUUGACCCUUGAACAAGGCCAAUUUGAACCAUGUAGGUCCACUUCCACUUAUAUGCGAAUUUUUUACAGUACUGAAAAUGUAUUUUCUCUUCCUUAUGGUUUUCUUAACAUUUUCUUUUUUCUGGCUUACUUUAUAAUAAUAUGGUAUAUAAUACAUACAAUGUACAAAAUAUUUGUUAAUGGACAGCUUAUGUUACCAGUAGGGCUUUCAGUCAACCGUAGGCUAUUUGUAGUUCAGUUUUGAGUGAGUCAAAAGUUACACUUGUAUUUUCCACUGUGCAGGGGUCGGUGCCCCUAAUCCCUGUGUUCAAGGAUCAACUAUAUUUUAUCUUAAUUAGUGCCAUGAAAUGAAAUGUGUUGCCAUUAAUUUAGUACCUAUUAUCAGGUGGGAACUAUACAGGGUACCUUGCAAACGUUAAUUUAAUCUUUACAACAAUUGGUGAGUAUUAUUAUUCCCUCCCUUUUUUUCAAAAGAGGAGGAGAAUGAAGAGCUAAGUUUGUCAAAGUCACAUAUUCAAUAGCAACAAAGCAAUUUUCUUUCCCAUUUUGUCACUAAUCUGUUUAUAUAGCCCAGACAUAAAAAGAUGUGCUACCUUCCAUUAUACUUUACAGUCUAAUAUAUAUGAGUGAAUUUGAUACUGCUUUAUAUAUGCAGUUAUAUUUUAUGGAGGAAUUACUACUGCUAAGAACAUUUUAAGCUUAUAAAUGUUCUAUUAUAAUACUGAUUUCUUGAUGCAUUGUUUUCAAGACAGAAUUAAAAUAAUAAAGAAUAACUAUUUUUCAAUCAAA